AUGUGGCUGGCGUCCGUUAGAGCGUCGUGGGAGACCAUAGGCCAGAGAACCAAAGCGUCCCUGAAGCCAGAUGACACUCUUACUUUUGUUUUUUUUUUUGGAACACGGCAGUUUGGUCCACGUUCAAGGAUUUUAGAACUGGUGGUUAAAGUAGUCAUCGUUAAAGCGUGGCUGUUUUGGCGGAAAAAAGUGCAAGGGAGCGGGGCUGUGGAGUUCGGGAGAGCCGAAUCUCGAAUUGUCCGCCUCCGAUCGCAGUGCAUAAAUCGACCUCAGUUUCCCGCGCUUACCAUCCAGCCCUUCAUCUAUCAAAAGCCUCGCGCCGUUUACUUCCCGCCCCUUCAUGCCAACGGCAACGCGUCGCUCCAAGGACUCCUUUCUCCUCCAGUCUCUCCCACUCUUCGUGUUCCUCGAUUUCUCCAAACUCAGAACCUUGCAGAGAGUGGUGGAAUUGUGUGGAACCAAGCUUCUGGCAGUACUAUUGAUGGACACGUGGGUUUUUAUGGAGACCAAGAGCAAGUGGCCACGGUGGUUUUGUUGGGGUGGCUCGGAGCAAAGACCAAGCACCUGAAAAGAUACAUGGAAUGGUACAAUUCGAGGGGUAUUCACGCGGUCGCAUUCGUCGUCGAUGUAAAAGAGUUAAUCUGCUUUGACCUUGGGCGGAUGCUUGAGAGGCGAAUCUCGAUGUUCGCCGACGAGCUCGCUUCCUGGGUCUCAGGGAAAGAAGAUGACGGGAGGGAGCGCUGUCUGAUAUUUCACCCCUUUAGCAACACGGGUUGGUUUAGCUAUGGUGCCAUUCUUGAUAGAAUGCUUGGUAGACAGGAUCUGAUGGACAAGAUAAUAGGAUGCAUCGUUGAUUCAGGAGGGGGCGAACCGUUUAAUCCGCAGGUCUGGGCUGCAGGAUUUUCUGCUGCUAUAUUGAAGAAACGCAGCUCUUCAGCCCAAACUGUAGUUGAGCCUAGAGACAUACCUAAAUCGGGAGGUGUAGAUAACUCAUCAAGAGUUCCAGAAAUGGAAUCUUCAACAAUGGAGGCUGUGGUGUUGACGCUACUAGAGAAGUUCUUCUCUGUCACUCUGAAGUUGCCAGAUGUGGACCGGAGGUUGUCGAAGAUUGUGAGUGUGCUUAGGGAGCACCAGCCUUGCCCUCAGCUUUAUCUGUAUAGUUCGGCUGACAAGGUGGUUCCGUUUCAGUCAAUAGAAGAGUUCAUAGAGGAGCAGAGGAGGAUAGGAAGGAGGGUAAGGUCCUUCAACUUUGGUUCAUCCCCACAUGUCGACCAUUACCGGAAUUUUCCCGACUUGUAUCUGUCGCAACUUGAUCAAUUCUUGAACCACUGUUUUGCCGUUGUCAAGCACCCGUGAUCCCCACAAAUGGAGCUUUCGUGUUCCAAUACAACUGUUAGUACUUCGUAGAAACACGCAAUAGGCCAGCACAACUUCAUUUCACAGCUGUGACACACUGGACACCGAGCAUGGGCGACCGCAUGGACCUUGUAUAGCUCAAUCUCUUGGGGAAUGUUUUUUCUGGCCAUAAAUGGAAUAAUUACUUACUAUACAAGUAAUUGCACCGCA